UUCACCGCUUUCACCAUGAAUCCGGACUUGCGCAGGGAGCGGGACAACGCCAGCUUCAAGGCGGAGAAACUCACUAAUAUUCUGGAUGGGGGCCUCGAGAGGACUCGGCGCCGCCGAGAGAUUGAGAACCUGAUUCUGAAUGACCCGGACUUUCAGCAUGAAGACUUGAAUUUCCUUUCCCGAAGCCAGCGCUAUGAGAUAGCUGUCAGAAAGAGUGCCACAAUGGUGAAGAAGAUGCGAGAUUUUGGUAUUGCUGAUCCAGAGGAGAUCAUGUGGUUUAAAAAACUACAUUUGAUCAGUUUUGUGGAACCGGUUGGCCUCAAUUACUCCAUGUUUAUCCCUACCUUGCUGAAUCAGGGCACCACUGCUCAGCAACAGAAAUGGCUGCCUCCAUCCUCAGGACUCCAGAUAAUUGGCACCUACGCCCAGACCGAGAUGGGGCACGGAACUCAUCUUCGAGGCCUAGAAACCACAGCAACUUAUGAUCCUAAAACACAGGAAUUUGUUCUUAACAGCCCGACUGUUACUUCCAUUAAGUGGUGGCCUGGUGGACUUGGGAAAACCUCAAAUCAUGCCAUAGUUCUGGCUCAGCUCUACACUAAAGGAGAAUGCUAUGGAUUGCAUGCCUUCAUUGUGCCCAUUCGGGAGAUAGGAACACACAAACCUUUACCAGGCAUUAUUGUUGGAGACAUUGGACCCAAGUUUGGCUAUGAUGAAAUGGACAAUGGUUACCUAAAGAUGGACAACUGUCGAAUUCCCCGGGAAAAUAUGCUGAUGAAGUAUGCCCAGGUCAAACCUGAUGGCACAUAUGUGAAACCUUUGAGUAACAAACUGACUUAUGGGACCAUGGUGUUUGUCAGAUCCUUCCUUGUGGGAGAGGCAGCUCGAUCUUUGUCUAAAGCCUGCACUAUUGCCAUCCGCUACAGUAUAGUAAGGCACCAGUCUGAAAUUCAGCCAGGUGAUCCUGAACCCCAGAUCUUGGAUUUUCAGACCCAGCAAUAUAAACUUUUUCCUCUCUUGGCCACUGCUUAUGCCUUUCAAUUUGUGGGAGCCUACAUGAAGGAAACCUACCAUCGUAUUAAUGUGGACAUCAACCAAGGAGACCUGAGUGAACUGCCUGAGCUUCACGCGCUGACUGCUGGGCUUAAGGCUUUCACCUCUUGGACAGCUAAUUCUGGCAUUGAAGCCUGCCGGAUGGCUUGUGGUGGGCAUGGCUACUCCCACUGCAGUGGCCUCCCAAACAUCUAUGUCAAUUUCACCCCCACCUGCACCUUUGAAGGAGAAAACACAGUGAUGAUGCUCCAGACAGCUCGGUUUUUGAUAAAAAGCUAUGAUCAAGUGCAUUCAGGAAAGUUGGUGGGCGGCAUGGUGUCCUACUUGAAUGACCUGCCUAGUCAGCGCAUCCAGCCACAUCAAGUGGCAGCUUGGCCAGCAAUGGUGGAUAUCAACAGCCCAGACAGCCUAGUAGAAGCCUACAAACUUCGAGCAGCCCGAUUAGUAGAAGCUGCUGCAAAGAACCUUCAAACCGAAAUGAAGCACAGGAAAAGCAAAGAGAUAGCAUGGAACUUAACCUCUGUGGACCUCGUCAGAGCAAGUGAGGCUCAUUGCCAUUAUGUGGUAGUAAAACUUUUUUCUGGAAAUCUCUCCAAAAUUGAAGACAAACCCAUUCAAGCAGUCCUGAAGAAUCUAUGUCUCUUAUAUGCCUUGUAUGGAAUCAGUCAGAAAUCUGGGGACUUUCUACAGGGGGGCAUCUUAACAGAUUCCCAACUCACUCAAGUGAACCAGCGUGUGAAGGAGCUCCUGACAGUAAUCCGCCCUGAUGCUGCUGCUUUGGUGGAUGCAUUUGACUUUAAAGAUGUUUCACUUGGCUCUGUGCUUGGCCGCUAUGAUGGCAAUGUUUAUGAAAAUAUGUUUGAAUGGGCCAAGAAAUCCCCACUGAAUAAAACACAGGUCCAUGAAUCUUACCACAAACACCUCAAGUCACUGCAGUCUAAACUCUGAAAUCUAUUCUGAUGAGCAGCCUCAUCAGUUCCAGAAAGCAUAGAUACUUUGCCUUCCCUUACACUGGAUGCAUAUAUCCUGAAUGGAAUCUUUAUCAAAUUUUGAUAGUCUUAGAGCAAAUAUAAAUUGGCCACUCAUCAUUGGGGAGAUUGAAUGGAAAAUGGAUAUGUCUUAAGUGCAAUUACUAGUGAGAGAGACUUUUUAAGCAUUCAGAAAAGCUUUGUAAAAAUAUAGUAUGGCUUCUUUUCACAGGGCUGCUAAUUUCUGUGGUCUCUGACCUUUGCCAUAAUUAGCAGUUUUUUACUACUAAGUAGUUGACUUUUCAAGUUAUAACUGCUAAUCACUGGAUAUAUUUUAAGUGCAAAAUAAAUGUUAUGGGGAAAAGGUUUAUUUGGAGGUAUAGAAGAACCUCAAUUUGCAGUUACUUCCAGAUAUCCCACAACUCUUGUAAUCCUUCUACUACUGAGACUGUCUCAAAAACUAUGACCUGAGGAACUAGAUUACAGAAGGGAGGCACAUCUAAAAUUUUUGUAUGGCUAAUGCCUUCUUUCCCCUUCUAUCCAUUUUCUCCUUUGACAAAUAAAUACUAUGGACAUAAACAUCUCACACCUCAAUAACAUUUUCCAGUCCAAGUAUUCUUUGGCAGCCAGCACCUUCCUGAUAAGAUUAGAAAUUGACUCAUUGACCCCUAUCCCCUUAGACUUCACUAAAAGAGCACUAUAGCUGCUUUUCUAUUUAAAUCCUUCCCAAUGAGAAGCAGUGUUAACCUCUGUGAGGACUGAGUUAAGCUAGCACUUCAGAGUUAAAUUGACUAAAUGUUACCCCUAAACACAGUAGUGGUUGAUAUUUGGUCUCUGCCAGAAGUGCAUGGGGAGAAAAUUUUUUCUGAAUGGAAAACAGAGAGCAGCUCUCCUGAGUCACUGUGGAAGGGGGGAAAAAUGGAAAUGGAGGCCUACACAGGUUAGCUACUCAUGUGGUUUUUGGUUUCUUUGUGCUCUUUAAGGAAUUUUAUCUGAAAUGCUAAAAAGUCCCUUUCUAUUAAAGUCUCAUUUGCACAAUUGUUAGAAAAGAUUUUAAAAUGUCACUUUUAAUUGAACUUUGUGAUUUCAUUGAAAUCAAUGUAAUAGAAACAACAGAAGUCACUUAAUUUAUACCUCUUUCUAUAACACUGCCUGGUGAAAUCUACUUGUCCUAGAAUUUUACUUGACAGGACUAUAGGAUUGUAUGAAAAAUAAGAAAUCUUUGGAAUAUGUUAAGUCAUCUUUGUAAACUAAAGGAACAACACUAAUGAAAAUUUACCCAGAUAAAACUGCUAAUAUAAGAAUCUCAAGCUAAAAAAAUCAUUACUAUACAUUGAUUCAAACUUUAGUCUUUCCUGGAAGGUAAUUAACCAUAUUUUUUAAGUGUGACCUCUUAUUAAGUUCUAGUUAGGUAGCAAUACUAUUCUAUUGUCAAUCAGGAAUGUGAUCUAAUUGCUGAUUUUAUGGGAGACGGGAAGAAGGAAAGAAUGAAGGUGUUUAAUGUUAUUCUUAUUGCUAUUUAGAACCAUUAUUUCAGUGAUAAUGCUUCUAUGUAUUCUGCUAAGAUGUGACUCUGUUAGUGAUUAUAUUAUGUGGAUUGAAAUAAGGCUCACUUUGUAAACAUUGCACUACAGACUUGUGAUCAUGAUAAACAAGUUUGAGGAGAUUGCAAAUAUCAGAAGGACCCUAAAAAUCUAGGGUUUCAAGUUUCACUUCCCUAACUCAGGCAGGACUUUUUGUUCUGUUCAAUUCAUUAAGAUUCAGAUGCUUUGCACCAAUUUAACCAAUGCAAGUAGAGCCUCUUAAAAUUAAGAAUGAAUUUUGUAAUCUGUCUCAAUUAGUAAAAAAUGAAAUUUUAUAAAAACUUAAGAGUUCAGUUUUCCUCAAGUGUAAAUAGUACCAAGGGUAAAUAAAGUGGAACCUACUUUUAAAAAUAA